CCUGCAUCACAGAACCAAUCACGACAGCGGGGAACUAGCUUAAACAUAAACUUCCGGUUUGAAGGUCGCAUUGAUACUCGACCCACACAUUAACCCGGGGUAAUUGAAAUUCUCACAGUCGGGCUGACAUAACGUCUUUAUCAGCGAUUAUAUAUAACAUGCUGCAAAUCUAAAUAAAAGGGACAUUAAACCGUGUAGGGAACUGAAGGUGAGCACGUAGACAGAGUCGUACAGUGAAUGCAAUAGGAUGAAGCGUGGGUUGUGCUGCUGUUGUGUAGUGAUCCCCAUUGCUGUUUCCAUAGCAACCACCCUUUUGUUGACAGGUUUCUAUGACAGCGACCCUGACCCCCCAGAGAUUCCAGAUGGUUGGUGGGGAAAAGGCGAAAAGAAGAAAGAAGAUGACCCGACCUUAAAAGGUAUCAAGAUAAUGGUGUCAGAUGUGAUACUCGAUGACUUGAAACAGAGGCUGAGCAAGACAAGGUACUUUGACGGUUUGGAAGGUGCCAAUUUCCGUUACGGCUUUAAUGUGGACUAUAUGAAAGAGGUUGUCAAGUACUGGAGAGAGGAAUAUGACUGGAGAAAAACAGAACAGAAGCUAAAUGAAUACCAGCACUACAAGACUCAGAUUGAGGGGAUAUUUGUCCACUUUGUACACAUCAAACCUGAUGUCAAAGAUAAAGAUGUUGUUGUUCGCCCCCUUUUGCUGGUUCAUGGAUGGCCAGGGUCAUUUUAUGAGUUUUACAAGAUGAUCCCACUGCUAACCAAACCUCAAAAUGGGCUUGUCUUUGAACUGGUGCUACCAUCUAUCCCGGGAUAUGGCCUCUCAGAAGCUCCUAACAAGCAAGGCUUUAAUCAGGUAGCAGCAGCAAGGGUAUUCCACAAGCUGAUGACGCGUCUGGGACACAAGUCUUACUAUGUACAGGGAGGAGACUGGGGAGCAGUCAUUACUCGGUUUAUGUCUAUCUUAUAUCCUCAGUCAGUGCUAGGCUUGCAUUCCAAUUUCUUCCAAAUGGACCAGGAUACAAAAACACCCCUGAAGUUACUUCUUGCUGCAGUGGCGCCAUCUGCAAUUUUGGACGAGCAGGAUAUACCAAAGAUCAGCCCUAUCUGGGAUAAGUUAGUGUACCUCAUCAAUGAGGCAGGCUAUUUCCUACUUCAGCAUACCAAGCCUGACACUGUGGGAACCGCCCUCACAGAUUCUCCAGUAGGUCUUGCGGCAUACAUCUUAGAGAAGUUCUCCACCUGGACCAACCCUGGGUACCGAGACCUUCCUGAUGGUGGUCUGACAAAGAAGUUUACCCUAGAUGAGCUACUGACCAAUGUGAUGAUCUACUGGACCACUAAGACCAUCACAUCUUCCAUGAGGUUCUACAAGGAGAUGUCUUUUGAUGAGGAUUUGGACAGGUACAAAAUACGUGUACCGACAGGUGUAGCAUGUUUUCCCCAUGAAAUAGCUCUGGGCUGUCCUCCUCCUCAGUUCGCCACCAGUGCCAAACACCUCAUCCACUAUACCAACAUGCCUACUGGCGGCCAUUUUGCAGCCUUUGAGGAACCACAGUUGUUGGCUGCAGAUAUCUGGAAGUUUGUUGAGAAAGCAGAAGAGUUUCAUAAAGAACGCAAUGCAGAUUCUGAAUCCUAACAUUUUUUACUGUUAUAAUAUUAACUGUUACCAUUAGUUUGAAAUCUUAGCAUAGCUUCUUAACUUGAAUGAGAGUAAUUUUUAGAAGAGUUUCAUAAAGAAGGUAAAUGCAGAUUCUGAAUUGUAACAUCUGUAAUUCUUUUCUUUAUACUGUUAUAAUAAUUGUUAUUAGCAUAAUUUUGUAAUCUUAGCCUUUUUAGCUUGAAGGAGAGUAAUUUUUAGAAUCCCGUUUUUAUUGUUAAUUUUUGUUAAUAGUGGAUAUCUUUGAAGUUAUUGAAAAAUCAUGAAAGUCUCAUAACAUUUGUGAUAUUGAUGUGCUGUGAUUUUGAUUUGGGAGACAUACCUUUGUUUUUUUUUAUAACUGUGUAAUACUGAAAUAACUUAUGUGUCAUAUUUUAGUUUUACCAAUAUAAUUAAUAAUUUCAGUACUAACUAACCAGAAAAAUUAAUAAUUAAUUUAUUAUCACAUUGGCCAUUAUUGGAAUUGCCCAAUCAUUGUUUGAAUAAAUGGAUUAUUGAA